AGGUGGCUCCAACAGUGAAAUAACACCCCACAAGCCUGUCGCCCCAAUCCCACACUCCUUUGGACCGUGCCACUGCUGCACUUGAACGAUCUAUCUUCCACCGUGCAGGCAACGAUACACACAAUUACGAAAUGUCUGAGACAGGAGGACCACCACCUCAGGGACCGCCUCAGGGCCCUCCCCAGGGACAGUUCCAAGGGCCGCCGCCAGGCUUCCCCCAGCCCGGCCAGCAGCCCACGCCCGAGCAGAUCGCCAUGAUGCAGCGCCAGCUCGCAGCGGAAGCAGAGAAGCAUGGACUGUCCGUCCAGGAAUACGUUCAGAGACUCAAAGCACAGGCAAUGGCCCAGCAGCAGGCGCAAAUGCGGGCGCAGAUGCAGGCCCAGCAACAGCAGCAGCAGCAGCAGCAGCAACAGCCAAUCCAGCCCGGGCCCCCAAAGCCAGAGGCGAUUGCCGUAGCCAACUUCCUCAAGUCGCAGGACUUGAAGCCAAGGACAGUCAUCCACGAUGAGAAGCGCAAGGACAUGUUCAGAGUCCUGCGCGCCAUUCGCGCCCUUUCAUCUCCCGCGUAUCAGAAAGCGCGCGCGAAGAACCCUCUCCUCCCCGAAGUCCACGACCGCGCCUCCGCCGAGAACACAUUCAAGCUGCUUCCGCUCUCCCUCCUCGCCCUCCGCGUCUCCAAGGUCGACCCCGAGCAGGGCCACGAAGGCCACAAUCACGCCAAGGCCAAGCGCGUCAAGGGUCUGUGGACCGUCCGCAUCGAACAGCACCAGGAAGCCAACGACGACAACUACUACAUCUGGCUGUACGAGGGUUCGCAGUGGAAGCAGAAGGCGUACGCUGCGGGUGCGUUGGUGCUCGUCAUGGCGGUCGUGCUGUUCCCGCUGUGGCCGCUAUUCCUUAGACAGGGUGUAUGGUACCUGAGCAUGGGCAUGCUGGGUCUGAUUGGACUGUUCUUCGCCAUGGCGAUAGUGCGGUUGAUCCUGUUCAUCAUCACCAUGUUCGCUGCGUCGCCCGGUCUCUGGCUCUACCCCAACCUGUUCGAGGAUGUGGGCUUCUUCGACUCGUUCAGGCCAGUGUGGGCAUGGCAGGAGACACCAGAGGACAUCACGCAAAAGAAGCUGGCCAAGAAGGAGAAGAAGGCCGCCAAGCUCGCCGCAAAGGCGAACGGUGAAACGAAGCCAAAGGGCAAGAAGGGCUUCACACCACUCGAGCAUCAGCAGCAGCAUGGCCACGUUGAAGAGAUCGCCGAAGAGGAGCAGCACCAGCACCAGCACCAGCACCCCCACGGCGCGCCUCAGCUCGUGGCCGCAGACUCUGCGCCCCAGCCCACGGGCUCCGAGGCCGCGCCCACAGCAACAGGAGACGUCACACAGCGCCCGCCGCGGGCGACGGUGGAAGAAGCUGAAGACGAGUAGAGAGCCGUUUGGGAGUAGUGAAUGAAUUGUGGUUUGGGCAUUGUCGUUUGCAUGGGUUAGCAGGUGUCUGGUGUCAAGCAGGACGAGUCGACGGGUC